AUGGAGAAUAGAGAUGACAAUUCUGGUGGAUCUGGUGAGCUGCCGGGAAUUACUCCUAGGCAUUCAGUGGCUCCGGGAUUAACUACGGAGGAGGCGGAUAAUGAAACUCCACAAGCUACUCUGGUACAACUGGCAAAAGUGGUCAACGCACCUGCUACACCCCCGCAGCAAACAUCUACCUCAGCUGCGGCUGCAUCACAGAAGAAAUCAGUAAGGAGAACCCCCGGCGCAGGAAGGCUUGCGCCAUUGCCGAGUAAGCGCACCGCUAGAUCUCCCCAUGUCGUCCGCGCGUUCGAGCAACGUAGGGCGGUAACGCCAGGGCGUGAGCGCAGAAAGAGUGGGAGGUAUCCAGCUGCGAGAGAGACGCCGAGGGAUUUGUUGAGAGCUUUGAGUCGGCAACUCGCAACAACGUCCACCCAAUACGUCCCCUCCCCGGCACAGCCGGCCCCGCGCCCCGCCCCUCGCCCCUCAUACUCUGACCGCCGUGCCUCAGACGUCGUAUUCUACAGCGACCCUGGACACAACUCUGGAGAUGAAGACGAGGAGCUCUCGCCCGCGCCGAGGCUAAGCAUGAAUCUGAAUGAAUUCGAACAGGCGGAGGAAGAAGAGGACGCCCGUCUUCCAGUCCCAAGAUAUUCACUGCCGCUGGAGAAUAUUGAAGAUAUGGAUUAUACGCAUACCUCGAUUGAGUUUGGGCGUAGGGCUGUUACGGAGAGGCCGUACCGACCGAGCUUUGGUAUUAGGCUUAGUGAUCGGUUCGCAGAUUUUCAUGGAGUCACAGGGGAGAGUUCGCCGAGGACUGCGGGGUAUGAAGAUGGAGAUGAGAGGGAGGAGGAAGAGGAUGGGGAGACCGGGGUUAUGGGUGAUGAGAGCGUUGCUAGUAGAAUGUCGGUUGUAAAUGAUGGCGAUGGGGACGUUACUGGUGAUAUCACUGGGGCUUUGGAUGGGAAUUUGGAUUUAGAUGGGGAUGAGCCGUCCUUUUUCUUGCCUGUUCCAGAAGAGGGAGGAGAGGGGUUUGCUCAAGAUGAUAUGGGAGAGAGUGAGGAUGGAACAUUACUCAACGGGCAUGCGCACGAAGAAGAGGAGGAAGUGGAGGAAGAAUACGAUCUUCCAGAAGUCAUUUCGGCACAAGAGGCUUCUUCCUCCACAGUCCCGAAGCCGGCUUCGGCUAUUAAGAAGAGACGUAAACCUCUUCCGCUCUCUCGACAUGGAAUACCAUAUCCACCCUUCCCUCGACACACCAUCAAGAAAAUGGCUACAAAGUUCUCCGGAUCCACCAUAUCUGCUGAUACCCUCGAUGCUCUAGUUGCUGCCAGUGAAGCAUUCUUCCAACAGGCGUCGGAAGACCUGGCGGCCUAUUCAAAGCAUGCGGGCCGAAAAGUCAUUGAAGAUUCAGACGUUAUUCAGUUACUACGAAGACAGCGCCAGCUCAACCCUCAGACCACAGCGUUCUCACUGGCCCAGCGCUAUUUACCCAGAGAGCUGCUUCAGGAGAUUCGCAUGCCUGUGAGUAAAGCUCAGCCCCGCCGGCGGCAGCGGCAAAGACCGAGUUUGCAAACCGUCGAAGAAGACGGGGAUGAAGUGGUGGUGGAUGGGUAG